AUGGACAAGGUUCAGAGUUCUGCAUUUUUAUUUUGGUUUUUAUUGGAAUGCCUACCUCAUGUCUGCUUGCCUUAUCCAGACAAUAUUCGUCUUACUUGGAAAACAGCAAACUUGCCAGGAAGUAGACAGUUUGAUACAACACAAGCUCCUAUGGAACAAUCCAGAGGCCUCCUUUCAGUAACCUCACAACAGUCAACAGCAAUUCCACGUAGACCUGGUCUUGUGCAUGUAAUUUCAGUUGCGAGCAUAAGCUUUGUCAUUGCCCUGAUAAGUGGACUCACACUCUCCUAUGUGAUAUAUAGGCUGGUGAAAGCAGAGGAAAAACAGCAGCUUGCACUGUUGUAUGAGAAUGUGGAGAUUCCAAUUUUACAUGAAAAGGAGGCCUCUGAAGAGGAAGGCCAGGAUGAGUCUUCUGAACCACACUCAGAGAAUGAGGACCUGGGCAAGUUCAUUGGCUCAGUUAUUAGAACAAAAAGAAGGGAAAACAUUUUGAAGAAGAAGAAGAAUGAAGAGCAAAAUAUACUGGAAAAUACACCAGAGAGUUCCGAUUACACUGAACAAGUGGAGAGCCAUGACAAAAUGGAGGAUGAAAAUGGGGAGACCAAAUUGCAUGAAUAA